CUGCAUUUAUUUUUUCUGUGUUCCUGUCUAUCCUCGCACCAUUUUGCGCGAGAGAUGAAGAGAGAGAACACACAGGAGAAGAAGGGGAGAGUUUCUUGCAUAUUUUCUUAGCUGUUACUCAUUCUAACUGGCAAAGUGAAGUUCUAAUACCCUCACAAAUCGCCUCAAACCAUGUACUCAUUCCUUCAUUAACGCUUACUUCUUCUUCUCUCUCUCUCAUUUAUAGCUAUUUAAAUAUAUUCAUUCCCCACUUAUUCUCAAACUCUCUCUCUCUCCGUAAGCUGGGAUCUCAAAUUGAAGCCACGUUUUGAAGCUGAAAGGAGCUCAACCAGUUUUCACAAUUCUUUCUAAUAUUGUAGCUGGGGAGUUGGGGAUGAUAACGUGUAUAGCUUGUUCAAGGCAGCUUAACGAUGGAUCUCUGCACCAGAGAGAAAGGGAAGAGGAUGAUGCUAUGGAGACGCCUAGGACUAAGCAGGCCAUCAAGGCUAUUACUGCUCAGAUAAAGGACAUGGCAAUAAAGGCAUCAGGAGCAUACAGAAACUGCAAGCCUUGUUCUGGACAUCCAAAUAAAAAUCAUAAUGGGAACUAUGCUGAUUCUGAUGCUGCAUCGGAGUCAGCAAGAUUUCACUGCUCAUAUCGUAGAACAGGGAGUUCUAAUUCAACCCCGAGAAUGUGGGGGAAAGAGAUGGAGGCAAGACUGAAAGGGUUAUCAAGUGGUGAAGGAACACCUGCAUCAGUUAGUGGGCGAACAGAGUCUGUGGUGUUUAUGGAGGAAGAUGAGCCUAAGGAAUGGGUUGCACAAGUAGAACCUGGUGUGCUUAUCACCUUUGUUUCUUUGCCUCAGGGUGGGAAUGAUCUCAAGCGGAUUCGUUUCAGUCGUGAAAUGUUCAACAAAUGGCAAGCUCAAAGAUGGUGGGCAGAGAACUACGACAAGCUCAUGGAACUAUAUAAUGUCCAACGGUUCAAUCAGCAAGCAGUCCCACUUCCUACUCCACCACGAUCUGAAGAUGAGAGCUCAAAGCCUGAAUCUGCCAAGGACAGCCCUGUGACUCCACCACUAGGCAAAGAACGCCCUCGCAAUUUCUACCGCUCAACAGGAAUGGGCUAUUCUUCAUCAGAUUCACUUGACCAUCAACCUAUUCAGUCCCGUCAAUAUUAUGAAUCAGCAGCUCUUGCUUCAACCCCAAAGCUCUCAAGCAUCAGUGGGGCUAAAACCGAGGCAUCAUCAGUAGGGGGUUCUGCUAGGACUAGUUCAUCAAGAGAGGCAGAUCACUCAGGAGAGCUUUCCAUCAGUAAUGCUAGUGAUAUGGAGACUGAAUGGGUUGAACAAGAUGAACCAGGAGUGUACAUCACAAUUAGAGCACUGCCAGGCGGCACUCGAGAGCUUAGACGUGUCAGGUUCAGCCGGGAAAGGUUUGGAGAAAUGCAUGCAAGGUUGUGGUGGGAAGAGAACCGAGCCAGGAUACAAGAACAGUACUUAUGAUUUUAGCAAACUGAUGGGGUGGUGCUCAGAAAUGGUGUUUAAAGUUGUAGUCCUUUCUACUGAUAUAGCUAAACAUUCUAUGGCAUAGAGACUUCAUUGGCAAAGCUUAUCUCGACUGCACGUCUGCACCCAGGCCAUUUAGUCUAUCUUCCUUGAUUCUUUUACCUUUGGUUAACUUUUUCCUUUGCCUUUUAAUUUCAGGUGAAUGAUGUGCAAUUUUUUUUGAUGCCUUUUAGUUUGGCUAAAGGGUGAAGAGUUAGAAAGCUGGUGGAAAAUGUUAAUUAUGAUGUUCAUACUUGUCUUUUUAGUAAUAUACUCCCUCUUAAGACUUAAGACUGGUCUCAUUUA